AUGUCAAAUACACUUGAUCCUCUCGUCGCAAAGGUGCUUGAUCACGCCGAUUCCGAUGAUGAAGAUGCUCUCAUCGCCUCCCUCGAAGAAGACCCCGCCGUCGACGCCUUCCGCGAACAACGCCUCCAACAACUCCACAGCGAAUUCACGCGAGCCAAAUCCCAAAAAACCCAAGGCUUCGGCUCCUACACCGAAAUCAAAGAAGAAAAAGCACUCAUGGACCUCACCGCCUCCGUCAAAUACGCCGUGGUCCAUUUUUCCAAAGAUGAUUUCGCCCGCUGUGGUGUCAUGGAUACUCAUCUUUCCACACUAGCACCCAAACAUCUCGACACCCGAUUCCUCAAGAUCGACGUCGAAAACGCACCCUUCCUCGUCACGAAAUUAAACGUGAAAAUCCUACCAUGUGUUCUAGUAUUCAUAGACGGCCGAUCCGUCGACCGAAUAGUUGGAUUCGAGGGCUUGGGAUACACGCCCGAUACCUUUACCACGAAAGAUUUGGAAGCAAGGCUCUUAGCCUCAGGCGUCAUAAAACGUCAAACCACGGCCGGAACACUGUAUCUCGACAAGAAAGCCAAGAAGCAGGAAGAGGAAGACGAUGAUGAUGACUGGGAUGAUUGA